AUGCCACACAUGGGAGAAGACGACGUCUCGGGCUCGGAGUCCGCAUUUGUCUUUCCUCCAGUGACCAAAGACCAUAUACAGAACUGUUCCUAUGACGCCUGGUUCCCUCGUUAUCGCAGUUCUUGUAUCAAGUCGAGAAUAAUCCCGAUCCCUGCUGAAUUCAGUGCCUAUCUACAAGAGGACGGCAUCAUUUUGGCAGACGACAAUGAUAUCCUAGGCGAGGCGCAAGAUGACGAGUGGCAAGGUUCCGGCGCUACGACCUCACACAAUGUGCAGCAAGAAGCCGACGACUCGGAUGAUGACGAAGCCUCGCCGCUACCGCCAAAUGAGCGUUUCCCGGAAACUCACCAGAAGAUCAAAGAUACCAUUGAAGAGCUUGGCGGGGAAGUCGCGCCGAAGCUCAAUUGGUCCUCGCCCAAGGAUGCCAAGUGGAUUUCAGCGCAUCAAAACACUCUCAAGUGCACAUCGCCAAACGACAUAUACCUUCUCCUUAAGUCUUCAUCAUUCAUUUCCCACGAUCUUACGCACGCCUUCGACGGGUGUACCUCCAUAGAGCCCAGCCGACCAUUCAGCCCAGUCCUCGUCCUGCGUCCAUACUUUACUCCUCAUGUGGCUCUGGAGUUUAGGUGCUUUGUUAAGCAUCGCCAACUUAUUGCGAUUUCGCAGCGAGAUUUGAACUACUACAAAUUUCUCGAGGGACUGAGGCCGAAUUUAUGGCGCAAGAUUACCAAGUUCUACAAAGAGACGCUGCGACACACAUUCCCUGACGCGAGCUUUGCUUUCGACAUUUAUGUUCCAGAAAACUCGCUAGCAGAUGAUGGGCUGGGAAAAGUUAGACUUAUGGAUAUUAAUCCGUGGGCAAUCCGUACUGAUGCGCUGCUGUUCAGCUGGGAGGAGCUGCUCCAGCAAGAAGUUGCCAGACCACUCUACGGCCCUCCGGCGGGCGUAGACGCUGGUGAUGUGAGCGGAGGAGAGACGACUGCAGACGAAUUCGACGACGACAUGUUGGAGGACUACAGUCCUGACCGUCUCCCUGAGCUUAGGAUCGUGGAGAAGGACGAUCCCGGCGCAUACAAUUUUAGCACGCCGCAGUAUUCGGCGCACAAGCUACCCAAAGAAGUCGUCGAUGCCAGUCUAGCUGGGCAGGGAGGUCUAAGGGAAUUUGCACAGCAAUGGAAGAACAUUACUGAGGGACAGGGCGGCAAUAUGUGGGAGCAGCCGGGUGCCGGUGGCGCAUAA